AUGCACGCAUACAUCGGCGAAUUAGCGCCUAGUAAUAAGCCCUCGCCGACCCAAGAGCGCGGUGACUUCGAAAACGGCGAACAUGUGGACGGAGGAACCGGGCACCGUACGCGAGUGGCAUGGAGUGAUGACGAGGUAGGUGGCUCGAGUGUGCCCACGCCCGUGUCGGGCGAGAGCGUGCCAAUAGGAGUGGAAAAGACGGGGCAAGACGAGACGAUAGGGGAUGGGCACGGAAAUUCUGACCAAUCCCGAGCUUGGACAGGCGGCCUCGGCCCCCCAACUACUGCGCCUAUUUGUGGGACCCGUACUGAUCGGCGUUCGUACGCGGCCGCAGUGGCUGACUCCUUCCUUGACGGAGAUAGUCAGUAUCCAGUGGCUACAGAACGGGGUGCACAGGGGAAAGGACCGCGGGUCGGGUCCUCUCCUAUCGCGGGAGCUUUUUCCUGUGACGUUGUGGCUCGAUCUCGAAAUCUCGGGUCGGCGUAUGAGCCUCACUUGUUGGUGUCUGCGGGCUCGGGACCGGUGAGAGCUGCAACAGAGCAGGGAAGGGCCGACACGGUAGACGGGCAGGGUCCGGGACUUUUCGCUGACUCCAAAGAGGAUGGGAGUCAGCGCUCAUCUGCUGACCACACCCGGGUGCUGGUGCGGGCGGCUACGAGAGUGUGGACCGACAGAUCAGACGAUGAUCUCCGUUCGAUGAUUCCGCUUGAAGAGGAGGCUCUAGCGGCAUGGAUGAUGGGGGCUAUCAUGCUCCAGUCUCCGCCUGGAUUUUUGGUGUGCACGCACCCGAGGGCUACGCGAGUUGUAAUGCUUGAUUUUUUCGAAGAGUACCUGGAAGGGAAGGUCAUUGCGAUUGUCCCUCCGUACGUGCGCAUGCCUCAGUACAUCGCCGAGAAAACGUUGCUACUCCAGCUCUUGGAACGCAGUGAGGGGAAGACGGAGUCCGAUGUCAUGAGUCGGGAAUUGGUCAAGGGCGCCAAGCGGACCAGUUACGAUGCCGAAACGAGGCGAUUGACUUUCAUUAUGCUGGAUCAAGCGGCAGCAGCAAGCUGGCAUGCAAAGAUGAAUUUGAUUCGCGGAAAGCGUCUUAAGCUGUUGUGCCCGGCCACUAUGGAGCGCGAAGACAUUACUGCUCCUUCGCUAUUAGCCACGUCAAGCGGUAGACACCAAUUGCAAUACCAAGUCCGGAUUUUGGUCAAUGGAGUGGCGACAAGCACGGUCCAAGCUAUAUUGGCGUCUAGUGUGGCUUGUACGGUCACAUCCGUGUCUCGUGGGUGCCCACUCGGCUCGGAGGCAUAUGAUUCCAACUUUUUCGAUGCAACUUUUGACAUGGUGUCAUGUCCCGAGCAACUCAAAUUGGUCACGCACAUCGCAACAUCCGAAACGGAGAUCUUUCUCCACCAUUUUCGUCACUUUCAACGCGUUCCCUGUUUUUCCUGCUAUUCGCCAUAUCACUCGAGUGCUAAGUGUGGUAUACGCAAAGGCGCUUUUCAAAUUCAUCAUCACCGAGAAUUUACUGGUAUUCCAAUAGCUCCUCCUCACGUCAGUGGGUUGACUUUUAACCACUUGGACGUUGCCGGUUGCCUGCAGCAUGUCUCUGGACUGGCGGAUACUUUGGUGGCAACCACGGCUAAGUUAAAGGCUGAUGGCAACAAGGCCCCACUGUUAAGUGAGGUCUCGCAGGUACCUCCUUGUGCUGGGCAGUUGUCAGUUCCGAACACGUCUCCGCUUGCCGGUGGACAGGCCGUUCGGGGCGGGGCUACUCGCGUCAGUGGUCCAAUGACGAACGAGUGGUUCGAUCCUGGAGCGAACAAGAAAAAGAGGGAUGUGCGCCCCGCAGAUGUUCCGGCUAGUCGGGCAACAGGACCUGCUGUGAAGCUACCCAAGCAUCCGCAAUUCAACAAAGAUGGAGGUGCAAGAAAGUCACCACUCCCGAAGUCGAAGGCUGCUGCCCAAACUAUUUCCACGAACACGGUCGCUGACAAAAAGAAACCACCUCAACAGACUAAGGCAACUGUUCGUCAAAAAGGGCAAUCGAACACGGUCCAUUCUUCGCCACCACCCUCCGCUUCUUCGAAGGCGGACACCCAGUGCACGCUGGCGAUUCGGGAACUGGACCGCAUAUUGAGUGGUUCUCAUGAGGAAGUUGCAGAACCUGCACCGAUUGAUCCGGGGGUCGAUUCGGCGCUGCCUUCGACGAAUUUAAAAGAGGCGACCCUUGAGGCCGUUCGAUCGCAAGUAGCAACCGCACAAAAAACGGUCGAGGAACUUAAUUUAGCAGCCGAAAAGAAGCAGCGCGCGGCAAACACCACGAAAUCAUGCUACUUUGCGGCUCACGCUCAAGCACUCGAAGUGGCUAUUGCUACUGAGAAGACGAGUAAUAGAGAACCUACUUCUCCCGAAGAAGUCAGUGAGGAAUUGCUGAGGAUGGAGUACGAAUACCGCACCGCAGGUGCGACGGCGAACCGAGCGAAUGCGGAUGCAACGAUAGCAGCGAAAACCCUCGAAACACUGACACGUCGGUUGGCAAAGAUUACACCGAAACCGAAGCCUGUGACCGAAGAUACGGCCCCGCAAGAUGAUACACUACCGCGCGAGAUGCCUACGGAGAUGGCAGCAAGAAGUAGAGAGCGGAGUCGGUCCAUGAUACAACGCUUGUUGGCUUCGUAUGUGCGCCGCAAACGGGGUGUACCAAGUGAGCCGAUCGAUAAACCUCUUGGUACGGUACCUACCGCGAAGGCGCCUCGUGAUCCGGGUCCACCGGAUCUACCGCCGAUGUGCCCCCAGAAUCGGACGGGCAGCGUCCCCAAGAUCUCGAUGUUACUAUGGCGGAGAGCACGGUUACGUUCGGGAACACUAUGUGCUUGA